GCAUUUCACGAAUUUAAAGUUUUUUUUUGUUAGUAAGAGCAAUAUGUAAUUGAAUAAUAAUAUUUUCAGGGUAAACAGUGGUACAAAAAUCAUAAUUCCAUAAACAAAAACAUUUGAAGAUGGAGUUUGGGGCAGGAAAUGUUGCUGAAAUAUCAGCAGAACUUGCUCGAGUUGUUCAGGUGAUGAUGUCACCAGAUGUGCCCCAUCAACAACGUCUUGAUGUUUACAAUGCAUGUGAAAGAUUCAAGGAAACAUCACCACUUUGUGCUCAGUGUGGUCUUUAUUUAGCUCAAAAAUCACCUAAUAAAUCAUCAGUUGUACGUCAUUUUGGUCUUCAACUAAUGGAGCAUUGUAUAAAAUAUCGUUGGACACAAAUAUCACAAUCAGAAAAAUUAUUUAUCAAAGAAAAUUCAAUGAAAUUAUUACAAGAAGGUACUGAACCAAUGAUGCAAGAAGAGACACAUAUUAAAGAUGCAUUAUCAAGAGUUAUUGUUGAAAUGAUAAAACGUGAAUGGCCACAACAAUGGCCAACAUUAUUAUCAGAAUUAAGCCAAGCAUGUACACGUGGUGAAAGUCAAACAGAAGUUGUUUUAUUAGUUUUUUUACGUCUUGUUGAGGAUGUUGCAUUAUUACAAACACUUGAAUCAAAUCAAAGAAGAAAAGAUAUUUAUCAAGCAUUAACAACAAAUAUGGCUGAAAUAUUUGCAUUUUUUUUACGUUUAAUGGAUCAACAUUUUACUGAAUUUAAAAAAAAAAGUUCAAUUGGUAAUGUUGCUGAAGCAUUGUCACACAGUAAAGUUGUUCAAGUUGUAUUACUAACAUUAACAGGAUAUGUUGAAUGGGUAUCAAUUAAUCAUAUCAUGGCUGAUAAAGGAAGAUUACUUCAAAUACUUUGUGUACUUCUUGGUGAUCCAACAUUUCAAUGUGCUGCUGCUGAAUGUCUUUUACAAGUUGUUAAUAGAAAGGGAAAAAUUGAUGAUAGAAAACAAUUAAUGAUUUUAUUUACUGAAGAGGCAUUACGAUGUAUUUAUGCUGCUGCUGUUACUCCAGUAAAUCCUGAAUUUCAUGAUAGUCAUUAUUUGUUUUUAAAAAAGUUGACUCAGGUUCUUACAGGAAUGGCAACACAAUUAUGCACUGUUUGGGGUAAAGAUGAAUUACUAAAUUCAUCUGGUAUUCGUCCUACUCAUUUAAAUGUUUUUUUGGAUACAGUACUUGCAUUUACAACUCAUUCAAGUCCUACUUUAAAUCAGUUAUCAAUUGGAAUUUGGAUAAUGCUAUUUCGUCAUGAUCACAUGAGAUCAGACAGUUUACUAAUUAGUUACGUGCCAAAGUACAUUGAAAGUGCCUGUCCAAAAUUAAUUAAAGUUAGUUAUCCACAAAGUUCACAGCACUCAAAUGGAAUAUCAGCAUACUGCUUAAAUGAUUUUGAUUCGGAGGAUGAAUUUUUAAUAUUUAGAUCACGUUUUCGUUUAGAUAUAUUAGAAGGUCUACGUCAUGCAACAAUGGUAUCACCACUUGUUGCAUUUGCAUAUGUUCAACAAUGGUUAACAGCUAAAAUAUCAAAAGGAAUGUUAAAUUUACAAUAUCGUAGUGAUCCAAAAGAUCCAGAAUAUCAUGAAUGGGAAGCAUUAGCACAAGCACUUGAUUCAGUUGUAUCAAGAAUUUUACUUGUUAAUGAAAGACCAAAUGUACAAACUGGUCUUCAAUUACUUGAAUUAUGUCUUGGUUAUUCACCAGAAGAUCCAUGGUUAUUAUCAACAUUAUUAUCAUGUAUUAGUGGUUUAUUUAUAUUUUUAUCAAUGUCAACUGGUUCAAUGACAAUGCCAGGUGUUGCAAUACUUCCACGUGUACUUGAAAAAAUAUUUGCUGCACUUGUUUAUGAAGGAACAAAUGAAACAGUUACAAAUCGUUCAAAAGGUACAAAAUGUGUACGUCGUCAUGCAGCAAGUUUAAUGGUUAAAAUAAGUAUUAAAUAUCCAUUAUUAUUGUUACCUGUAUUUGAACAGAUUCAUACAACAGUACGUGGAUUAAUGAGAGAACCAAGUCAAUUAACUAGAAUGGAAUAUGUUACACUUUGUGAAGCAUUGUUACUUAUAUCAAAUCAUUUUUGUGAUUAUCAAAGACAAUCAAGAUUUGUUGCUGAAACUAUAUGUGAUUCAUCAUCAAAAUUUUUAACAAUUGGCAAUGAAGCAUUUAAAGGACCACGUGAAUUAAUGAUAUAUCUUGGUCUUGAUAAAUCAUUUGAAAAAUUAUUAAUUAAUCAAACAUCAUGUGAAUUAUUAUCACAAACAUGUAAAAAUCGUGGUGAUUUAUAUUAUUGUGUAUCAUCAAUAUUAAGUGUUGUUAAAAGAAGUUCAAUACCAGAUGAUCCUGAUCGUGCUGCAAGAGGUGGUUUUGUCGCUGGAAUUAGUGAAAGUGGUAAUCCAAUAUAUCAAAAUCCAUCAGCUCAACAUAUUAUACAAAUAUUACCAACAUUAUUUGCACUUGUACGUUCAAUUAAUGGUUUUUGGACACCAGAAGCAUUAUCAUUACUAUCAUCUGAUUAUAAAAAUGUACAUGAUCUUCUUGAAUAUGAAAAAAUACAAUUAAUGGGUUUAACAACAUCAACUAUACAUCAUCAACAACAACAACAAUUACCAAUUGAUGAUAUAUCAUUAGAAAAUGAAAAACCAUCGGAAUCAUCAUCAUUACCAAAAAUGCAACAAUUUUUAGCAUCAAUACAUGAUAGUUGUUAUCAUAUGUUAGGAAGUAUUUGUCAUACAAUUGGACGUGAAUUUUAUCAACUUCCUGGUCUUUCAUUAGCAUUAUUAAAUUCUGUAUUUUCAAAUAUGGAUGUUAUACCAGAUUAUCGUUUACGUCCAAUAAUAAGAGUUUUUUUAAAGCCAUUUAUUUAUUCAUGUCCACCAGCAUAUUAUGAUUGUGUAUUAGUACCAAUAUUAACACAUGUUACAACACACAUGUGUCAAAGAUUAACAGCAAAAUGGCAAUAUAUGUCAAGAUAUGAUUCUGGUGAUUUUGAUGAAAAUUCAGAUGCCCAAGAAGUCAUUGAUGAUAUGUUAAAUAGAAAUUUAACUCGUGAUUUUGUUGAUGUUUUAAAGGUAAUACUUGUUGGUGGUAUUGCAAGUGAUGCACAUCCACAAGAUUCAAUGGAACAAGAAAGUGGAAUGACUGUUGAUCAAACAACAACAACAACAACAAGAAGUAAUAGUAUUGUUGCUGAUGUUGUUAGUGAACUUGGUGCAUUUGUAUUAAGACAUCCAUCAACUUGUCACAGUACUGUAUUAUGUGUACUAAAAGCAUUAUCAUGGAAUGAUUCAAAUGCAAGCCUUAAAGCAACAAUGUUAACUGGUCCAAUUGUACGUGCUUUAUCAGCUGAUGGUAGUUUAACACCUGAUAUGGUUGCUUAUAUUAUGAUGGCAAUAUUACAAGGUUUACAACUUCAUGGACAACAUGAAGCUAAUCAAGGUUCACUAAUAACACUUGGUGCACAAGUUUAUGAAUGUCUUAGACCACAAUUUCCAAGUAUCAUUGAAGUUUUUCAAAAAAUACCAGGUGUUAAUUUAGCUGAUCUUCAAAGAUUUGAUGAAAAAAUGGCUGUUGUUAAUACAAAAGGAAAUAAAGUAGAAAAAGGCAAAAAAGAGCUUUUUAAAAAAAUUACAAAUCAGUUGAUCGGACGAAGUGUUGGUCAACUCUUUCGUAAAGAAGUUAAAAUUGAUAAUCUUCCAAAGCUAGAAGUUACUGGUCGACCAUUGCAUCAACGUGUUGAUGAAACUUCAAAAAAUGCAGCUGAUGCAGGUCUUUCAGCACUUUUUGCUGAAUCAACGUAGCAUCAUCUUCUAAACAGUCAAAUUCUUCAUGGCUGGCAAGACUUUAUUAAUCUUCUGUGAAGUUUUUUUUAAUAGAAAGAAAAAAAGUAACAAAUUAACAGAAAAAGAAAUGAAAGCAAUUUUUUAAUGAUACACAAGCAACAUGAAUAAGAAAAAUGCAUUUUCACUUAGUUGAUUUUAUAAAUCAAACAUAAUUCCAGAAAUCAUAUCUAUUUUUAAAAAAAUAUUUUUUUUUUUUAAUUUCUUUCAUUUGUAAGUCAACAUUCAAUACUGAAUAACUUAAAGGUAAAUUAUUUAUUUUUUUUUCUCGUUCGCCAUAUUAAGCAUCUAGCUGGUCUCGUUGAUUUUUUAAAAAUUUUUUGUUAUUCAAUACUAAAAGGCUGAAAUUUUUUGUUAAAAUUAUCAGAAGGAAGUAAUCUUUGUUUUUUUUUUUUUUUUUUUCAAACAUCAGUUAUAUAUCGAAAUAUAUAUCUUUCUGAUUAUUAGUAAAUUUGUAUUUUUUUAUUUCAUUUUUAUAUAUAUAUAGUUUUUUUUUCUUUUCACUCAUUCCGAUUUUUGAAAUCGUCCCCGAGGUUAAUUUACUAGUUUAUUGAAUUAAUAUUAAGUAAUUAGUUUUUUUUUAAAAAACGUGUUAAUGUCAAUAAUAAAAUUUCUUUUUAAAUUUCAAAUAUGAAGAGUUUUUACAUUUUCAAUUUUCCACUUGUUACAAAAAAAUAAUUAAAAAAAAAAAAAAAAAAAGUUUGUAAAAUAAAUAAUCGUACAGUUAAAAAACUAGUACUGUAAUUUAUACUCAAUUUUUAUACUCUGCUUAUAAAGAGAAUAUAAAUUGUUUGUAUUUUACAUUAAAAAAUGAAAGAUAAAAAAAAAAAGUGUAAGCAAUUGCAUAAAAAAUUGUUGAAACAAUUAAUGUAAAUAUGAAAAAUUAAAAAUAAUUCAUAUUAGCAUUUAAAUAAUCUUCAACAAAACAUGCUGAUAAUUUGUCAUAAAAAACAACAAUACAAUAAUUGUUAUACGUCAUAAAAUAAACAAAUACUGUAAAUAUUAAAUUGUAAUAAAAAAUGAAAAUAUAAUGAACAC